AGCGCCCCUCGCAACUGCCUCCCUGCCCCGGCCCCCCGCCUCAGCGCCCUCUUCCUGCUCUGCCCAAACGGGGUUAAAGAGUCUCGGGUCGACAACAGCCUCGCGCAACAAACAACCUGACAAUGACCAACAUUCCUGGCCUUUUGGGGCCGUGAUCCGAGAAAACCAUCACCCACCAUUGCAGCCGCCCUAGUUCCUGUAUUAUCCAUUGCGAUCGAAUGCAACAACGCCUCGUCGGCCUGUCCUCCCUGUCAGCCGGCAUGGAACUGGACGGCUGACAGGAUAUGCACGCCAUCCGCGCAUCCCAUGUGUUGGACAUGCACACAUGCAUCCCACCCACUCGACCAACCAACUACAACCAAACCCGCACACCACCUUGAACGGAAGAACUCGCCAGCCAGCUUUAGCCACCUUCGCCAAAACUUGGCUCAAUGCAACCGCUCUCAAGGACCGGGCAAACAUCAUCAUCCUACCUCCGUCGACGGGGCGUAUGAGUUGCCCUGGGGCCGUUUCCCCAACGAGCCUCUCUGCCAACCCCCGUCCUCCCUUUCUCUGCUUUCGUGCCGGCCCGCGUCCCCAAGAGCUGGGCUCCUGCACGCGACGCCGAGAACACGCAACAGCUCAUACCACCCACUUGGCUUCAUCGUCGAUUGCAAGACACUCUGCAAUAUUACAUCGCCCUACUACCUUGUAAAACAACCACCAUCGUCCCUCAUUCUUGACUACCCCUCGUCAUCGAGCGGUGUGCUAUUCAACAACACAAUCACCAACUAUCUUUUAAUCCAUGACCUACCAACGGAACGAGCAAAGCAUCAUUACGGGACCCAGGAACACACACUUCAACGUCACUCUUCACGCAUCGACGCACCACCACCACCACCACCACCACCACAUCAACUCAUGUAUCAUUAGAAGGGAGCACUGUCGGAGAGGUUUCCGAACCCUUUCCAUUUUCUCACUUUGUCGUCGCCGAUACCCCCCUUCCCUUUCUCAGAGAGACGGAUGGAUUCGACGGAAAGUUUUAGCUAUGAGCGAUUAUAAAAAGUUGGCCCAAGGAAGGGUCAAAGGAGUUUUGUUUUUUCUUU